AUGGCCUUUGUGUUUCUGUGGCACUUUCUGCAGCAGACUCAGGUAAGCAACCUGAAGAAAAUUUUAAAAGGAAUAUUGGAUUACAACCAUGAGAUUCUAGGGCAACAGAUUAAUGACUUCACCCUUCCCGAUGUUAACCUGAUCGGAGAGCAUGCUGACGCUGCAGAGCUUGGAAGAAUGCUUCAGCUUAUUUUGGGAUGUGCUGUGAAUUGUGAACAGAAGCAAGAAUACAUCCAGACCAUAAUGAUGAUGGAGGAAUCAGUUCAACAUGUUGUCAUGACAGCCAUUCAGGAGUUGAUGAGUAAAGAGUCUCCAGUCUCUGUUGGAAAUGAUGCUUACGUUGACCUUGAUCGGCAGCUGAAGAAAACUACAGAAGAAUUAAAUGAAGCACUAGCAACAAAAGAAGAAAUUGCCCAGAGAUGUCAUGAGCUAGAUAUGCAGGUUGCAGCCCUCCAGGAGGAGAAGAGCAGCUUGCUCGCUGAGAACCAGAUUUUGAUGGAACGUUUAAAUCAGUCUGAUUCUAUUGAAGAUCCCAACAGCCCUGCAGGUCGUAGACACUUGCAGCUGCAGACACAACUAGAGCAACUCCAAGAGGAAACAUUCAGAUUAGAAGCUGCCAAAGAUGACUAUCGAAUACGCUGUGAAGAACUAGAAAAGGAAAUUGCUGAAUUGAGACAACAAACAGAAGAGCUGACUACACUGGCAGAGGAGGCUCAGUCUUUGAAGGAUGAGAUAGAUGUUCUCAGGCAUUCUUCAGAUAAAGUAGCCAAGUUAGAAAGUCAGGUGGAGUCAUACAAAAAGAAAUUGGAAGACCUGGGUGAUUUGCGACGGCAAGUGAAACUCUUAGAAGAGAAGAAUACAAUGUACAUGCAAAAUACUGUGAGUCUGGAAGAAGAACUAAGGAAGGCCAAUGCAGCACGCAGUCAGCUGGAGACAUACAAGAGACAGGCAGUUGAACUACAAAACAGGUUAUCUGAAGAAUCCAAGAAAGCUGAUAAAUUAGAUUAUGAAUGCAAACGACUGAAAGAAAAAGUAGACAGCCUCCAAAAAGAAAAAGAUAGAUUAAGAACAGAAAGGGAUUCUUUGAAAGAAACUAUUGAAGAGCUUAGAUGUGUACAAGCUCAGGAGGGUCAACUCACCACUACAGGAUUGAUGCCUCUGGGAAGACAAGAGACUUCAGACAGUUUAGCAGCAGAAAUUGUUACUCCUGAAAUAAAGGAGAAACUCAUUCGCCUUCAGCAUGAGAAUAAGAUGUUAAAGUUGAACCAAGAAGGUUCUGACAAUGAAAAGAUUGCCUUGUUGCAGAGUCUUCUUGAUGAUGCAAACUUGCGGAAGAAUGAAUUAGAGACAGAAAACAGAUUGGUAAAUCAGAGACUUCUAGAAGUGCAGUCCCAGGUUGAAGAACUACAAAAGUCUUUGCAGGAUCAAGGUUCAAAAGCUGAAGAUUCAAUUCUUCUGAAAAAGAAACUUGAAGAACAUCUUGAGAAGCUCCAUGAAGCUAACAAUGAGCUACAGAAGAAACGAGCUAUUAUAGAGGAUUUGGAACCAAGAUGCAAUAACAGUUCACUCAAAAUUGAAGAAUUACAAGAAGCUUUACGGAAAAAGGAGGAGGAAAUGAAGCAAAUGGAAGAGCGAUACAAGAAGUAUUUGGAAAAGGCCAAAAGUGUCAUCCGCACCUUAGAUCCCAAGCAGAACCAGGGUGCAGCUCCUGAGAUUCAGGCUUUGAAAAAUCAAUUGCAGGAGCGGGACAGAAUGUUUCAUUCAUUGGAGAAAGAAUAUGAGAAAACAAAAAGUCAAAGAGAAAUGGAAGAGAAAUUUAUUGUUAGUGCCUGGUACAAUAUGGGAAUGACUCUGCAUAAAAAAGCAGCAGAAGACAGACUGGCUAGUACAGGCUCAGGACAGUCCUUCCUGGCUAGACAAAGGCAAGCCACGAGCACAAGGAGAUCUUACCCUGGUCAUGUCCAGCCAGCAACAGCAAGGUAGAGAAGCCUUGCCCUUAGAAAGAAAACUGCCCUGUGAUCCAGGCCACUUCUGUUGCAAGUGACAACAUUCAAGCAAAAUCAACCAGCAUCUUUUCUCUUUCUCCCUUGUUACUGCUAUUAUUUUACAGUUCAGGAAAGGGUCUUACUAUGGUUUCUCAUUGUUCUGUAACACCCUUUGCAUAU